CUUGAAACAAAUAUAUGAGCGUUUGAGUCCACAUUCGCAGUUCAAAUUGUAUGAUUGUCUUACCAUCAUAAAAAACAUUGAUUUCUGUGCGUUUCUAAAAUAAGUGAACGUAUCUCUAAACAAAAAUGUCGAACAUUCCACCGAAUGGUCCCCCGCCUCCGCCGCCCUAUGGUUAUCCACCCCAUCCUGGAGGAUUCGCGUAUAUACCCAUGCCGGCCCCAGUGAUGAUGCCGAUGUACCCGCCGCCUGCACCUGAUCCAACACCGAACCCCACUUACGUCACUAAUUAUUAUUAUCCCCAUGCGCCUCCACCGCCACCUGCUACGACUACGCCGGACCCAGUCAGAGUUGUCGAAGAUUCAAACCCAAUUGAAUGGGUUCAGUCAUCGCCCAACACUGCUUCAACACUCACACAUAGAGCAUUCGUGGCUGGUAGAGAAGGCUGGGAUGGCAGCCCUCUCUGGGUGAUCAGAUCGCAUCAUAGCGGAGAACUGAUCCCCGGGAAACUAGCCAUCAAACACCGAUCGGCUUAUAUACCUCACGCGGGAAAAGAAAUCCCUGUCCAUAACUUUGAGGUUCUCUGUGCUCCUGGAAACGUCCUACGUUGGGUACCAGCAUCCAACGGUCAAGUUCCUGUAGGUGCGAUUCCAGCUGGCAACUCUCAUAGCGGAGAACCCUUGUAUAUUGCCAGGGUCAACCACCUGAAAUCUGUUACACCUGGGAAGGUUCAUCCCAGUCACGGAUGUUGCUAUAUCUCCUUUGGAGGCGAAGAAAUCCCCAUGAAGAAUUACGAAGUGCUCUGUAAAAUUGUGUGAAACAUAAGUAUUAUCUGACUUAUCCAAAGAAUAUUUGCGAUAUUCAUAAAAUUGCCGAUCUUAACAAAAAUUAAUAACAAUUUUUUGCAUUAUCAAAAUAAACAAAGUUGAAAUUCGGAAA